AUGAGAGUGCCAAUGCGCAGUCGCUUGCCGGGUUGCUUGAGCUGUGAAGAGGUCGGCAGCCCGAGCGCCGUCGACCGCACCGACUACGGCACAGCCUCCGGCAGCGCCCGGGGCUUCGCCCAACACCACUCGCAACAGCUCUCGCGCGCCGCCGUCAGUGGCGAUGCGCAAAACAUCAACAACGCUGCUCGCAACAUGCGUGGCCUCCAGGGCUCGCACCUCAACCUCUCACAGGCCAGCGCACAGCGCCAUAAGGAGGUGCUAGAGGUGCCAGAGGGGUCCUUCACAAAUGCGGCAGAGGGCGGGCCGCACCUCACACGUGUGCUGAGGUACCUCGCGCUCGACGAGAAGCUGGCCAAGCGCUCCGCCGAUGGCGAGAUCAACUGGGGCGAGGAGCACACCGACAUGAACCUCGUCACCGUUUUGCCGGGCGGCGCCUUUUACGAGAUGGAGCCGGGCGGCGCCUUGAAGGAUGGAAAGCGCUGGCUGCCAAGCAUGGAGGAGCGCUCCUGGAGAGGAUUCCCCGAGACGCUGAAGAAGGCGGGGCUCUACUUGCGCGCGCGGCCGACCAAGGAGCACGAGACUGGCCAGAAGGUCAAGGGGACGCCACCGCCCGGCUGCUUCCUCGCACAAGUCGGCCAGCAGCUGGAGGUGCUCUCGGGCGGCGCCUUCAUCGCGACGCCGCACGUCAUCACGGCCCCGGAGAUCCCCAAGUGGAGCCGCUGCUCCAUGGCGCAUUUUGUUCACCUGCGGAGCGACGCGCUGGUGGUGCCAGUCCUGGGCGCCAAGGGUGCGGAGGAGGACGCGGACGAGGCGUAUGCGCCGCCCGUCCUCGCGGGGACCUACGUGCUCAAAACGCUGGUCGACAUUGGCCUGGCGGGGAAAGACCAGCUCGACAAGCUGGGGUACCGCAACUAUGGACGCCUCGCAGAGCAGCGCGCCGUGGACGCGAAGGUCGAGAGCCGCGUCAGCGGCUGUGCGCAGGCCGAUCCGCGGCUCUCGCAGGCGGCGUAG